AUGGCUCUGCAGAUGACCUGGCAACCUAAUCUUCUCCCUCACAAACGCAAAACCGCUCCUCCUAUAGGUCUUCGUAACCUUGGCAACUCCUGCUACCUCAAUAGCGUUCUUCAGUGUCUCACUUUUACUCCUCCUCUCGCCAAUUUCUGUCUCCGUUCUCAACAUUCGUCACUCUGCGACUCUUCUGGUUCUUCGUGUCCGUUCUGCAUACUCGAGAAACAAAUUGCUCGGUUGCUCCGUGUGGAUCUCACUUCCGACGCUCCUUCAAAGAUCCAAAGCUGUCUACGUCUCUUCGCUGAGCACUUCCGUUGUGGUCGCCAAGAGGACGCACACGAGUUUCUUCGUUAUGUUAUUGAUGCUUGUCAUAACUCGUGUCUUCGUUUGAAGAAGCUUAGAAAGAAAGGAGGUGGUGGCGGUGACGGUAGUGCUUCCGCCGUGAAGGACAUUUUUGGUGGUGCUUUGCAGAGUCAGGUUAAGUGUCUCAGUUGCGGAUACGAAUCAAAUAAGGUUGAUGAGAUAAUGGAUAUUAGUCUCGAUGUUUUUCAUAGUAAUUCCCUUAGGGAUUCCAUGCAGAAAUUUUUUCAGCCUGAGGUUUUAGAUGGAAACAAUAAGUACAAAUGUGAUGGUUGUAAGAAGAUGGUGACGGCUAAGAAGCAGAUGUCUAUACUUCAAGCACCUAAUGUACUUGUGAUACAGCUCAAGAGAUUUGAGGGCAUAUUGGGUGGCAAGAUUGAUAAGACUGUUGGAUUUGAAGAGGUUUUGGUGCUUUCUAGCUUCAUGUGCAAAGCAAGCCAGGAUCCACAACCAGAGUAUAAGCUCUUCGGUACUAUUGUGCAUUCAGGAUACUCACCGGAGUCUGGUCACUACUACGCUUAUGUAAAGGAUGCAAUGGGUCGGUGGUAUUGCUGUGAUGAUUCUUGUGUAACACUUGCAACCCUGCAAGAAGUUUUGUCUGAGAAGGUUUAUAUCCUCUUUUUCUCUCGAACUAACCAAAGGUCAGCAGCAGUUAGUAGUUCUCUUGCCUCAAAUGGUGUAAAGCUCCAUCAUUCCAAUGGGAGUCAGACAUCUGAAUCUUCUAAGGUUGAUGUACAACUCAUAACAGUGCAAGCAAAAUCAAAUUCUGAUCAAUCUUCUUGGAAAGAUAUGCCGAGUGUAUCUAAGAUUGGUAAAGUUCCUUCUGGCUUACGAGUGAAGUGUGACAUUAAUAGUAGUUCAAAUUCCAAAAGAAGUCCUGCUCAUGUAAGUGUCAAUGGGAAAGUUGACAUGUUUAGUAGUCAGCCAUUGCUAACAAAUGGGCAUGCAAAAGGUUUAGUUUCUUUGGAAAAUGGUAGGAAAGAUCCUUCUUCAUCAUUACCCACCAUGAAUGGCUUUGACAAAAAUAAAAUUGAUGCUGCUAACAACUCGGUAAGAAAGGAGCCUACAGUAACAAAUGGAUAUACUGGACUUCAUACGGCUUAUACCGAUUGUGUAAAACCAGAUCCUCCGGAAGAUAUUGAUAGAAGCAAAGUAAUAUCAGGUACAGGGUCCGGAAACUUUAAGCGAGGAAGUAACGGUGUCAUCAACAAAUCUAAAAUGUUAGGGAAUAAGAGAAAAGUACAGGAGGCUCCAUGCAUUUUGCUUGCACACGAUGAUCAGUCUCGUGCUAGACUUGAAGAACUGAAAGACAUUCUUGCAAAAAAAGCAAAGUCAGUUUUGAGGUCAUGUGGCUGGGCAGAUGAGGUUUAUAUGAGUAUGAGAAAAAGGUUACAUGAAAGAGAAGCGGAGAAUUUAACUAGUGAUGUUAAAAGGGUGUUAAUACAAGAUGCCCAGAGUGUUUUCAAAUCACAGAUUCCAGAGUUACUUAGAAAGGACCUAAUUGAUUUAGCCAAAGAAAAGUACAUUUUGAAGGACCUUGAUCAAAACACGCAUGUUGAUCUGUCUUGCUAG